GCGCCUUUGUUCAUAAUCCUUAGAAACUGCAAUUACCUACUAUUUGCGUAACCUUGAGAGAACAGCUUAUAAAAGAAGGCUCUUUCUAGCAUUUCAUUAUUAAAAUGAUCGUCGCGUGUUAAAAAUGAAAGAAAAAUAUUUAGAAGACAGUCCAACGAAAGUGUUCAACAAUAUUGAAAAGACUACGUGCCCAGUUAUUGAAAAUGUAGAUAAGAUCCCAACAAUAAAAUAUAUAGCAACUGAUUACUCGUACAAACACCAAAUCGUUUGGAAAAAUGUGAUAGGAUUUGUCUUACUACACGUGUUUGCAUUGUGGGGUUUAGUUUUAAUAUUCACUGGAAUGGCUUUAUGGAAAACCAGUAUAUGGGCCUUAUGCGUUUUGUACAUUGGCUCCGAAGGUGUAACUAUUGGAGCUCAUAGAUGCUUUGCUCACAGAUCAUUCAAAGCCACGCCUCUUUUGAGAGCAGUUAUGGUCAUCACGCAGACGCUUGCGGGGCAGAAUUCUGUGUACACCUGGUGUCGUGACCACCGGCUCCAUCAUCGUUACUCUGACACGGAUGCCGACCCUCACAACUCCAAGCGUGGCUUCUUCUUCUGCCACAUCGGCUGGCUCAUGCAUAAGAAGCAUCCCUACGUCAAAGAAUUUGGCAGGAACAUUGACAUGAGUGAUUUGCAAGGUAUUACAUAAUUUUAUACCUAGUGUUGGCAAUAUUGGUCCCAGUUUGGGUCCCAGUGCACUACUUCGGUGAGACUUGGUGGAACUCUUUAUUCGUGAGCUACUUUGCUCGCUACGUCUGCCAGUUGCAUGGUACAUG